GUCUGAGCAGGAUCUCAGGGUCUGGGUGGAAUGUCUCCAGGCUGCUGCUGACCCGAACUCUAAUGAUGAGUGGGUGAUAAUGCAGAGACAGGCUCUGUUGAGUCCAGCUACGGAGAUUCGGUUCCCGGAUUGCUUUGGCUACCUGAGCAAGUUGGGCCACAGAUGGCGCGCGUGGCGUCGGCGAUACUGCGUCCUCAAGGACGCCGCCUUGUUCUUCUACGCGGACACGUCGGCCGUGAGUGCGCUAGGUGUCGCCUGUCUCCACGGCUACCGCGUCCAGUCCUCUGGGGUCGGCGGGAAAAAGCACGCCUUUGAACUCAUCCCUCCUGACGAACAGUUCCGCCAUUUCUUUUUCUACACUGACAGCGACACCGACAAGAAAAGGUGGAUUGCAGCGUUGGAGUUCUCAAUCGACAGAUGGCUCAAAGUUGGCUAAUGAAUUAUUGCCUGAAGGUUCCUAGAAAUCUGCAGAAGGAUAGUCUUGCUGAAGCCCCUUGACGUCAGCUGCAGAACCAUAUGUUUGCAAAAGAACACCCAUCUGGUGGACAUGAUCAUGCAUUGGACCGUCAAUGGCCUUACCUGCUGCAGCCAUCUUGUGCAGGGACUUGUCUGCAGUGACGUCUCUGUGGAGAGCCAUGUCAUCCCGUUCUGCAGCCUCUGGUGCAGAGUUGCUGGCUGCUAGAUAGUUCUUGUGCUCAGCACUGAAAAAUUAUAUCAUUAUACAUGAGUAUAUGUUGUAUUUUUUCAUGUAACCAAACUUGUUGUGAAGUUGCUUGAAGACAUCUGUGGCAUAUGGGGAGUACAUUGAGUCCUUUGAGUAACUGCUGGCUUGCUUCAGAGUUGCCAUUGUAUCCUGCAUCAUCUGCUUUUUCAGGGGAGCUGAACUGUCUCUCACCAAUGGACUUCCGUACUUGGCUUUGAAUGCAUCAGGGCCUGCACCAUGUGUUGCAUUACAAGAAAAAAAUUCAUUUUAUCUUUCUUUUUCCCUUUUGCAGUUGGGUAGUGGGAUUUUAAUUAGUGGAUGGAGAUUUUUUAAUGGAUAAUUUUUUAAAUGUGCCACAAUUCAAAAAGAAAGAGUUUAGCUUGUGUGGCUAUUGACUUUGGGAAAAGAAUACCUGUGACUCCAUAUGCAGCAUCAUUCUGAAAAGCUUGUGUGUUUAAUGCUGCUCCUACUUCUGCACUUCCAAGUUUUCCCAAUACCUCAAGUUCUUGGUGGUUUGACCAGUCAUUCAGCUGUUUCUUCUGUGUUGCUGCUGCUUAUUUUGAAAUGGCAAUUCAUAUGUAAUUUUUGCAGCACAAUUUGGUCAUAAAUUUGUGAUCUUACCUCCAUGAGCCAAAUCAACCUGGAGGCAUCCCAAUAGCAGCACAGCCAGCAUGUGAUAAACGGCUGUCCGUCUGAAGGCCGCCAUAAUGGUGUUAGGAAGCUAAAGGAUAAAGCAGUGCAAGUUCACCAUGAACAGCGAAGCCAAGAAAUUUGAGUUUUAAAGGAACAGCUGGAAAGAAUUUAAAGUGGGGGAG